AUACGGAUCUUGAUUUCUGCAUGUUAUGCUGCGCUCAGUCAGUGCAGUGUGCCAGUCGUCCCGCUAACUCAGCUCUUAGGGAUGAAAUAAACUACACAACAAGUUUAGAUAUUUCACUCUGGAUGAAUUUGGUUUCAUUAAAUCUGUGGGAGAAAAAAAGCAAAACAUUCCUCCAUCUGUAAGUCACUAGUUCCUGAAAUAUCAAGAUGGAUUCCACCGCUGUUCCUAUGACCUUCACCUACUUACCCACCAACAAUGGCUCCAAGUGCAACACCCUGUACGCCCACCGGGACUAUGCCAGAGUCCUCAUGCCUAUUUUUUAUUGCACUGUGUUUGUUGUGGGGCUGCUGGGGAACUGUCUGGCCCUCCACGUCAUCCGUCCCAAUCUGAAGAAAAUGAACUCCACCACCUUAUAUUCCCUCAACCUGGUCGUCUCUGACAUCCUGUUCGCCUUGUCUCUGCCUCUGAGGAUUGUCUACUACGCUCUGGGUUUCCACUGGCCUCUGCCUGAGGUGCUGUGUAAAAUCUCGGGCUUUUUCUUCUACAUCAACACGUAUGCAGGCGUCAAUUUCAUGACCUGCCUCAGUAUAGACCGCUUCAUCGCCGUGGUCCUGCCUCUGCGCUUUGCCCGCCUCAGGAAAGUCAGCAACGUGCGAUACAUUUGUGUUGGCGUUUGGCUGCUGGUCCUGGCACAGACCGUCCCCCUCCUCGGCAUGCCUUUGACCCAGGUGGAAGACGACGGCUUUGUUACCUGUAUGGAAUACCCAACCUUUGAGAAGAUUGACCACAUCGCCACCAUACUGAUUGGCGCUGUCUUCCUGGGUUAUGUCACGCCUGUGAUCACCAUCCUGGUGUGCUACUCUGUCCUGUGCUCGAAGCUUUACUUAACAGCAAAGACCAACCAUCUGACAGAAAAGUCUGGACGCAGCCGCAAGGUCAUCGGUGUGAUCUGCUGUGUGUCCCUGGUGUUUGUUGUCUGUUUCAGCCCCUAUCACAUCGACAUCCUGCAGUACAUGAUUCGCAAGCUGGGGUCAAGCCCGAGCUGCGCUGACCUCACAGCGUUUCAGGUGUCGCUGCAUAUCACAGUGUGUCUGAUGAACCUCAACACCUGCCUGGACCCAUUCAUUUACUUCUUUGCCUGUAAGGGCUACAAGAGGAAACUGAAGAAGCUUCUGAAGCUGCAGGUCAGUGUGUCCUUCUCCAGUGCAGUGAGAACAUCACCUGAAGGCUCCUCAAAGGAUUUUCUAGAGUCCAACAAGAUCCACCUCAACGGCUCUACUCCAGUCACAACCAGUGAGAGACUCACAGAACGGCACCAUGAGUUACAAAGGAUGUGAGAAAGAUUUCAAAUGUAAUCCGGACCCAAUCUGAAAUGAAGAGUGAAGUGGACUCCCAUGCAGCCACCUUGCAUCUGCAUCAAUAGGAAACCAACAGUAUUAGACCACAUUAGUUUACAUAAAGGAAAGUACAGAAUAUGGAAAAUACAGAACCACUUUUUGCUGCUUUCUUGAAGAAAAUAAGGCACGCUCGUGUCCUGGCUGCAACCUGAUGAAGCAGAGCACAAAGAGGCGCUCGGUGAAAGUGGACAAUGACCUGAUAAAGAGCUGAAAUAGUUCAUGCAUGUUCCAUUUUGUUUACCUGAAACAUGACCCAAAUGAACGCUGCUAGGACUGAGUGCACUGCCAUGUUGACCCAUUUGUAAAAUGCCCCAAAAGCAACAUAUUUAUGUAAAAAAAAAACGAAGAAAAAAAAAGGGAACA